UACUGGGAAUAGAAGUCUAACCAUCGUGCAACAAUUUGUCUGUUGAAGGAUUAAGCUUUUUUGCUCAUUUAGUGGUACACAAGUACGCGUGUAUCGUUGUGAGAAAAAAAUUCGAUUACAUUCCAGAUCAGUGUUCAGAAUAAUUUUUCAAAAUGUGCAGAAUGAAAUCAUCAAGCCAGCGCUCGGAGGUUAUACGUUUAUCGGUACCUGUGACCCGACGAUGAGAUAGACGGUUGUGCUGUCCGUUUACGUUCCGCAGAGAGCUAUAAGUUAUAUGUACAUGGCAAAAGUUCAAUGAAUCCCGAUUUGCUUUGUUUUAAAGUGCGAAAAAAGUGAUCGAAUAGUACCGAAUCAAAAAAAAAAUUGUUCCAAAAAAUACUCUCCGGGAGUAGCAUAAAUAACCUCACUAAGUCUCGGUAGACAAACGACUAGGAAAUUUCUUUCAACGCAGCACAUCGAGUGCAGAGAAGAAAAAAAGUGGUGGCCCUCAUCCGUACGGAUCAAAGUGUCGUAUCAACAACGCACUCAACGUGAUCUCUCGUAACCGUGUGUAUUGCAAAUACUGGAAGUGGUGCGUGAAAUUGUGUCUUGUUGUCGGAGCCGUUUUAGUCUCCGCGCUGCAUCCUGUUGCCGCCAUCACCGCCGCCGCCGCCGCCGCCGCCGCCACCACCACCGUCGUCUUGUCGUGUUUGUCCUCGAAUCGUAACCGUUACGAUCUGUGCUCGUCUUAUCAAUCAGUAAUUCGUCCUAGCUACGUCUAGUUGCGUCUAGCUGCUCUCUAGUUCACCGUGACUCGGCCCAGAAACAUAAGCAAACCAACAUGGCACUAGACUUUACCAAACGACAGUGGCUCACACUGAUGAUCAUGGGACUGGCGGACUUUUGCAAUGCAAUUUGCGUCAGUCUGCAGGCUCCAUUUUUCCCCAACGAGGCAGAGAAAAAAGGUGCCACAGCUACCGAGUACGGACUGGUGUUCGGCGUAUUCGAGCUGGUCGUGUUCAUCAUCUCCCCAAUUUACGGUCAGUAUAUCAACCGGAUUGGACCGAAAGUAUUAUUCAACAGCGGAAUUUUCACCACCGGCACGUCGGCCAUUCUGUUUGGCCUGCUGGACCGAGUCCCGACACACAUUCCGUUCAUCACAUUAGCCUUCGUGAUCCGAAUCGUGGAAGCACUAGGCAACGCUGCCUUCCUCACAGCAUCCUUUGCCAUCAUUGCGAAAGAGUUCCCGAACAAUGUGGCAACAACCUUCGCAUCACUAGAGACCUGCUUUGGAUUAGGGCUGAUAGUAGGCCCUAUGGUGGGAGGUGCCCUAUACUCCAUCGGAGGCUACUACUUACCGUUUGUAAUUCUCGGCUCAGCCCUGUUCAUCACAGCGAUCCUUACACUUUGCAUUCUUCCGAAACACUCGAACGAACCCUACCAGGACAGUGAGAAAAAAGCUUCCGUGUGGAGUGUCAUGAAAAUCCCCGGUGUCCUGGUUAGUUCCUUAGCGAUAUGUGCAACUAGCGCGUCGAUUGGGUUUCUCAGUGCAACACUGGAACCACAUCUUCGACAGUUUGAUCUGAGUCCUAUUCUGUUGGGUGUUGUCUUUGUAAUCAACGGUGGCAUCUAUGCCUUGACGGCACCUGCGUUUGGAUGGAUGGUUGACAAGUUCCUGAAUCCUAAGGUAUGUUCUGCUGCAGGAUGCUUUCUGGUGGUAGGAGCUUUUAUGACAAUUGGACCAGCUUCCUUCAUUCCGGCGGAAACGUCACUGGAGCUUGUCAUUGUUGCACUCGUGCUGCAUGGUUUAGGAAUAGCGUCAGUUUUGGUAUCGGGAUUCACCGACUCACUAAGGACAGCAAUUUCCAACGGCCUCCCGGAUAGCAUAGAAACCUACGGUCUCAUCUCAGGCCUGUGGACAUCGACGUUCGCCUUUGGAGCUUUCGUCGGACCGUCGGUGAGUGGGCUGCUGUUCGACGCCAUAGGAUUCCGCGGUUCGACCGUGUUCAUCGUCGGACUGCAGCUGAUCGUGGGCACCAUCAUAUUGCUGUUCAUCAUGUGCGACCGCACACCGCGCCCGUACAAGAAUCUCUCGGUAGAAUCACUCGUCAAAAUUCAGGACGGUCAACCGCCGGAAAGUGCUACCGCUAGCCGAAGCAGUAGUCUCGAUAUAAAUUCGCGCGGAAACAAAUCAGGUUUUCUGGGUAGUCAGCAUUCGAUCAGCAUCGAAUCGUGGCGAAUGUCUGCUAACAGUUUAAUCCUCAGCAAUAGCUACAGUAGCAAACAAGGUCGCUGGGCACGUUCUGUCACAGAACUCGAAUCAAACAACGCUGCCCACUACGGCCCCCGCUAUGGCAGUUUCGAUGCCAGGCCCGCGUACCAGGACACAAUGGCCUAGCGGUCCCACCCGUAGGUUUUUUUUUCUCGCUCAGCUAUAGGUGUACAUAUAUUUAAACUAAUUGCUAUAGGAUUUUGUGCACAAAAGCAUUUGCAGCGAAACUUUUCGGUUUCAACCGACACCGAGCAGUUAGUGGGCACGUGACCGCAGUCGAAAAUAUGUGCGAUAUUUUAGCACAAAACGCAGCAUCCUUCUAGAUUACAGGCUACAUUAUCGACUCCGUAUAGCAACCUAUACUCGCUGCUUUCCAUACGAUUCCACCAUUUUCAUCACCGCAUAUAAUUUGAAUGUCGAACGAAACAAAAAGUGUUCUCUAUUUAAUACACAUAGAGCAGCCCUCAUGACAAGCAAAUGACCACCAUCUUUGUUAUUAUGAGAUUACGCAGGCGAAGAAGCAAAAAAAAGUUGGCAAAAAUAAAAGAAAAACGAACUCGUGCAAGUGUACAACAGAUAUGAUAGCAAAAAAAAGCAUCUUCGGUGCAGCAAACAUACUAAGAAAGAACCAGAU